AUGUUGGCGGCAAGGCGAGGAAGGCCGAAUCAUAGCAUAUUCGCCCUUCCGGGUGCUCUGCGCCAAGGGGUAUACCUUCAACAACGAGGUCUUGCGACUCCUGCCACCGAUCGAACUCCCACUGCGAGCGAUGUCUCUGCACGAACGCCGCCGUAUUCAAAACUGCUACGACGACUGCACGAAGUGAGAAGAAUACUAUCGCCUUCACGGAAGCUUACUCUCGCCGAGAAGAUCCUUUUCUCCCACUUGGACAACCCGGAAGAGUCGUUAUUGGAAGGGACAGACAAUGGGGCCAACAUUCGAAGCCAGGCUACCCUCAAGCUCAAGCCUGACCGAGUGGCUAUGCAGGAUGCCAGCGCGCAGAUGGCGUUGCUACAGUUCAUGAGCUGCGGAAUGCCGACCACUGCUGUGCCUGCAAGCAUUCAUUGUGACCACAUGAUCGUUGGAGAGAGAGGUGCGGAUACAGAUCUACCCAACAGCAUCAAGGGCAACAAAGAGGUGUAUGACUUUUUGGAGAGUGCAGGCAAGAGAUAUGGCAUUGAGUUCUGGCCUCCAGGUGCGGGCAUCAUUCACCAGACGGUUUUGGAGAACUAUGCGGCGCCCGGGUUGAUGAUGUUGGGCACGGACAGUCACACGCCAAAUGCAGGAGGCUUGGGUGCUAUUGCCAUUGGAGUGGGAGGUGCCGAUGCUGUCGAUGCUCUGGUAGAUGCUCCUUGGGAACUGAAGGCACCAAAGAUUCGAGGAGCGAGACUGGAAGGCAAGCUUUCUGGAUGGGCCUCGCCAAAGGACGUCAUUCUCGCACUUGCUGGAAAGCUCACUGUUCGGGGAGGCACUGGCUAUAUUACGGAGUACUUUGGCCCUGGUUUGGAGUCACUCAGCUGUACCGGAAUGGCGACCAUCUGCAACAUGGGAGCCGAAGUCGGUGCAACCACCUCCAUCUUCCCAUACACACCCAAUUCGCACAGUCCCUACUUGCAAGCAACCCAUCGCGGAUCCAUCGCCGAGCAAGCGUCCGCAAUUGCUGCUUCGCCUGGGCCGCACAACCUCCUGGCUGCCGACUCCGGAUGCGAGUAUGAUGAUCUGGUAACCAUCAACCUUUCUGAGCUGGAACCUCACAUCAAUGGACCCUUCACGCCGGAUCUCUCGACGCCGCUUUCAGCAUUCAAAUCGGCAGUCGAGAAGAAUGAGUGGCCGGCAACUUUUGGAGCAGGUCUUAUCGGCAGCUGUACCAACAGCUCGUACGCUGACAUGACUCGUGCGGAGUCCCUUGUCCAACAAGCAUCCGCUGCUGGUCUCAAGCCCAAGGCUGACUUCUUCAUCACCCCUGGUAGUGAGCAAAUUCGUGCCACGGUCGAACGCGACGGGACUCUGGGCACUUUUACCGAAGCCGGUGGUCUUGUCCUGGCAAAUGCGUGCGGUCCUUGCAUUGGGCAAUGGAGCCGCACGGAUGGGGUUCGGAAAGGCGAAGCCAACGCCAUCUUCACCUCCUACAAUCGCAAUUUUCCGGCCCGAAAUGAUGGCAACAGCAAGACGAUGAACUUCCUCGCUUCGCCCGAGCUCGUCACGGCUAUGUCUUACUCGGGUCGCACUGACUUUAACCCAAUAACUGACAGCCUUUCAACGCCUGACGGAAAGGAGUUCCGCUUCCAACCACCAUCUGGUAUCGACCUUCCUAGCAAGGGCUUCGAAGUAGGCAACCCUCUUUUCCAGCCCAGCCCGCCGGUGCCUAAUGCAACCGUUUCAGUUGCGAUUGAUCCCUCUUCUGAUCGCCUUGCUGUGCUGGAGCCCUUCGAGCCUUUCCCGCAAGGUGAAUUGCAAGGUCUGAAGGUGUUGGUCAAGGUGAAGGGACAGUGUACGACUGAUACCAUCUCGGCUGCUGGUCCUUGGCUCAAAUACAAAGGUCAUCUUCCCAAUAUCUCCGAGAACACCCUCAUUGGCGCUAUCUCUGCAGACACUGGCGCUGUCAACACCGUGACUGACGUCGAUGGCAAAUCGUAUACUAUCCCCGAUCUUGCAUCGAAAUGGAAAUCAGAAGGCCAGCCUUGGUUAGUCGUUGCAGAGCAUAACUACGGAGAAGGAUCUGCUCGUGAGCAUGCGGCUCUGCAACCACGAUACCUCGGUGGCAAGAUCAUCCUCACCAAAUCAUUCGCUCGAAUUCACGAAACGAACUUGAAAAAGCAGGGUGUUGUACCAUUGACGUUCGUCAACGAAGCAGACUACGACAAAAUGAACGGCUGUGACGAAGUUUCCACGGAGGGCCUUUACGAUGUCUUGCAAGGCGGUGAUGGAGAUAUAACUGUCGUGGUCAAGAAGAAAGACAGCGGCGAGACGCAUCGCAUACCCGUGAAGCAUACGAUGAGCAAAGAUCAGAGGGCGUUCAUAUUGGCCGGGUCAGCUCUCAAUGUCUUGGCGCAGAAGUCGAAAGGUCAAUAG